AUGAAUAUGAAUGAGAGACUGGACGCCAUUGAGAGGCACCUUCAGGCCUUAGAUCCAAAACUGUGGGGCGCGACGGACACACCUGCUUCCUCUGGACAAGUGAAAGACCUUGAGCGUCGGGUGGAGGAAUUAACUGCACGGUUGGAAACGGUGACGGCGCAGACUAGCAGGCCAUCGGGCGACAUGCUAUACCCUAUGGACCACACUCGCGUCGGUGUUAGUGAGUAUGGGCGUGUGGGCCGCGUCGAGGCCGGAAGAGCUGCUGUAACCCGACGAAAGGGCGGAGGACCGACUCGAAUCGCUUUCAAGCAACGUUUUGAUCGCGUCCCACACGUCCAGAUUACCCCCGAGCGAUUCGGAGGCCCCGGCACUGGCAAUGUUGGACAAACCGUUGUCUUUAGAUGGUUAGCCGUGGAGAUAGUUUGA